CAGGAAGUAGAACGUUUUUGAGAUUUGUUGUGUCGCCGAAAUUACUACUAAAGUGUUUAAAGUUUAACUCGGUUAAAGAUCCGGAUACACUCAGUGUUCAAAGAAAAGCAGGUGUGGAAGCUCCCUACGAAGUGUGAGGACCAGCGGAGGAGGCCAUGAAUCGAGUCCCUCUGCAGCAGCAGCAGAGCUGUGGGCCCUGGGAGCUGAAGGAGCGGCUCGGCACCGGAGGCUUCGGGAACGUCAAUCGAUGGCAAAACAAGGACACAGAGGAGCAGGUCGCUGUAAAGCAGUGCCGUCAGGAGCUGAGCGAGAGAAACAAAGAGAGAUGGUGUCUGGAGAUCCAGAUCAUGAAGAGGUUGGAUCAUGUUAACGUUGUAGCAGCCAGAGAGGUUCCUGAGGGAAUGCAGAAGAUGGUGGCAACCAACGACCUGCCGCUGCUGGCGAUGGAGUACUGUCAGGGAGGAGAUCUGAGAAGGCAUCUGAACCUCCACGAGAACUGCUGUGGGAUGAGGGAGGGCUCCGUUUUGAUUCUGUUAUGUGAUAUUUCGUCGGCUCUGAUGUACCUCCACAUGAAGAGGAUCAUCCACAGAGAUCUGAAACCAGAGAACAUUGUGCUGCAGCAGGGAGAGAAGAGAUUGAUCCACAAGAUAAUAGAUCUCGGCUAUGCCAAAGAGCUGGACCAGAGCAGCCUCUGCACCUCAUUUGUGGGAACACUUCAGUACUUGGCUCCAGAGCUCAUUGAGAGACAGAAGUACACGGUCACUGUGGACUACUGGAGCUUCGGGACUUUGGUGUUUGAGUGCAUCACCGGAUUUCGCCCUUUCUUACCAACCUGGCAACCCGUUCCUUGGCACAACAAACUGAGGCUGAAGCAGGACAACGAUAUUGUCGUCUACGAGGACCUCUCGGGGGAAGUCCGCUACUCUAAACAUCUGCCUCAGCCCAACAACCUCAACAGUCUGCUGUUAGAGAGACUGGAGCGGUGGCUGCAGGUGAUGUUGAAGUGGUCUCCUCAGGAGAGAGGCAAAGACCCCGACGCUUUGCCCAUAGACUGCUUCUCCCAGCUCGGGGUCAUCCUGCAGCUCAAGCUGGUUCAUGUCCUGAACAUGAUUUCUGCAAAAAUCCUGACGUACUCCGUCUCAGACGAAGAGACCGUGGCUGACCUGCAGCUGAGGAUAGAGAAAGACACCAACAUCCCUGCAGCCAAUCAGGAGCUGCUGCUGGAGGCGGGGCUGGCCUUGGAGCCUCACGGACUGGCCACGCAGUGCGCCGUGGAUUACACAGAGAUAGACGGGCGGCGGACAGACUUGCCUCUGGUCUUCCUGUUUGAUCGUUCCUCUUGCAGUUAUGAGCCUCAGUUCGCUCCUCGCACCCUUCCAGAAAACAUCCGCUUCGUCCAAACCGACCCCAAACACGUUCUGGCUUACAGCCCUCUGAGGAGGACCUGCGGCCAGGCGUGGCACACCAUCCGCUCCCUGAAGGAAGACUGGCAACGACUGCAGCAGGGACAGAAAGCUGCCAUUAUGAGCCUGCUGAGACACAACUCUUCACUGUCCAAACAGAAGAAUGAGAUGGUGUCCAUGCACCAGAGACUCAUGGCCAAGCUGGAGUUCUUCACCACCAGCCUGCACAUAGACAUGGACAAAUACCAGGAGCAGACCGCCACCGGGAUCGCGUCAGAGAAACUACUGGGCGUGUGGAGGGAGAUGGAGCAGACGGCUGUCAGCUGUGGUCAGGCCAAGGUGAGUGAGCUGGAGGAGGAGAUGAUGCAGCUGCAGCCAGACAUCGUGGAUGUGCAGAGACAGCCGUGGAGGAGUGGAGAGGCUCUGGACACACUUGAAGGAAAGGCCAUGGAGCUGUUCCGCAAGCUCAGAGAGAAACCCAGAGACCAGAGGUGCCCAGGGGACAGUCAGGAGGUGGUGCGCCUGGUGGUUCAGGCUGUGCAGUUCUACGAGAGGAAACUCCGAGACUUCUACACCCACCUCAGUAAGACAGCGGUGUGUCGUCAGCGUGUAAUGGAGUUGCUGCCGAAGGUGGAGGGCGUGGUCCAGAGGAUGGCGGAGAGCGAACAAGUCCUGAUGAGUCUGCAGGAGAAACGACAGAGGGAGCUGUGGAACCUGCUCAAAGUCGCCUGUAGUAAAGUCCGCAGCCCGGUGAGUGGGAGUCCUGAUGGAUUACGAACCCCCUCUUCAGUGCCGCCUCUGCUGACCCCCAGACACAGCCUACAGCAGUUUGACGAGUCUCUCGUGGAGGAGAGCAGGACAUUCGAGAGUCGUCUCCAGAGUUUGCUGCAUGACACCAUCCAGGAAUCAGAGAGCAGUAUGGAUGUGUUGAGGGAGUGGACGUGGCUGCAGGGCAGUCAGAGUUUCUCCAGUGACCUCUCCUAGAUUUCAUUCUUUGCUUACAUGUGGUACUCUGCUGCCUCUGUGUGGACGGGAUGUCAAACCACACGAGGACGCAGCCGGUCUGUUUAAAAAUGUGAAUGGAGUUGUAGCUGCUGGCACAUAAUUGCUUAAUGAGAUUAAGGAGUAGGUAAACCUACUCACGACUAUUGUGUGACUUUGUAAAAGAGGAAACUGACGCCAGCCUGUCGUGCACUGACGCAAAUUUAUCUCUGAUUAGGAUCAGAUGAAUUCAUUAAAGCAGGAUCUUAUUUACUUACCCAUUUGUCAUUUUAAAGGGUAACUUUGGUAUUUUUCAAGUUGAGUCAAGGUCCAAGUUGAUAAAAUACCAGUUACCCUUUAACAAAAUAUAAAAUAUUUUGUUAAAUACUAUGUAGACAGUCCCAGUUAUAUUUUAGCUUCAUACAUUCCUGCAGUGUUUCAGUAUAAAGACGAGAGGCUGGCCCAACUGAAUCUCUCUUAAACAGCUGACACUUUUAUCCUCAAAGUUAAGUGAGAGAAUUCAUGAAUGUAAAUAAUGUUUUACCAAAAUUGCCAAAACGUUUUUAAAACUAUACAGUGUAUUUUAGGUACAAUUGUUUCACCGUGUUUGGUGGACUUUUAUCAGCUAACUUCAUAUUAAUUAAAUUUUAAAAUGUAUGUACAUUCAUCCCAAAAGAGAUAUCCUUUGAACUGUGUUAUGUACUUAAAUGUUAAACAGUUUUUAUGUGUUUCUCAGUGGACCAAUAUCCUCAUUGCAAAUUUUAUGUUAGAAAGACAAUCAUUGAACAUCAUGGGAGAAGUUUAAAGCUGUAAAAUGACUAUUAUAAGUGUAUGUUGAAUGACUGUAUGAAUGUGAUUAUUUUUUUUUACAUCCACUGAUAAUUAUAUGUAAUAACAGGAACACCUUUACAAUGUGGUGCAGUCCAGUAUCGCUGCAGUAAUUACAAGUGUUGUGAAGCUUGUAAUGUUAAACUCAUGCUGAGGUUGUGUCAGAGAGGAGACGAGAGGUUUGUGGAAGUAGUCAAGAACAACACAAACAUAUCCUGUUUUCUCUCUUGGCUCGGUACGAUAUGGUGAUAAAAACAGAUGAUUUAGGGUGUAAACCACUGGUUCCCAACCUACGGGUCCCGACCCCCGCUAGGGGUCGCCAAAGCUUCACGGGCGGUCGCAGCCUUCACAUGAUAAGGAAUUUGCUCUUCACUCACCACAAGAGGAACGCCAUUCACUGUUUCUAGGCAAAACAACAGUUGCCUCUGUUCUCAUUGGUUGCGCUUUGAAAGGUCAACAGCAACGAGGUCAAAGUUUAAAUAAUUUGAACUUUAAGCGCAGCAUUCGGUGGCGAUUUAGAGCGGUGUGCCAUGCCAAGGGUAGCACUUCUACCUAGUCAGGCGGCACUGCUCUCCCCACAGGAAAAUAGCAGCACAUAUCUCAGCAUUUCAUUCAUUUCUGGGGAAAUUAAAUUUAUAAAGUUUGGUUUAUUAUUUUAAAUAUAAACUUAAAACAAAUCUCACAGGAUAAGGACACAAUGAAGACCUGAACACAAGUUAUAUUCACAGGACCUUCUCUCUCUGCUAAACAGCCGCGUCCUGCAUUAGAACAGUACGCCGCUAAAACGACCAAAGAACUGAUAGAACAAUGAUCAAGCGUCAGGGAGAAGAAAAAAAAAAAAAAGCCUGUUAAGUAUGAAUGAUUGUUAAAAAUGAAAAAAAAAAA